AUGCACGGCUGUUUCAGCAGCCUGAAACUCGCUUACGCCAUAUAUUUACUCCAACUGCAGGCAGUAGAUGAAAUGGAUGCUAAUGAUAAACGAUCAGAUCUUCAAUCCUUAAGGAAAUUGUAUGGGCUUUUACAAAAUGAUGGAGAUGGUUUGCAGAAUACGAGCUCUGAAAAUUUGGAUGAGAAAGCACGGCUCCUGUUGAAGAAUUUACUGGAUAUUGCUACUGACAGGGUAUUUAAGGCUCUGUCUGAGCCACAGGUCAUACCAGUACAAUUGGAUGUAUCUUCUAAACCUUACUUCACUCAACAACCACCCCCCAAAGAUAUACUGAAGCAAAAUCCUCCUGUUCUGCCAGUUGUAACAGAAACUUUGUCGAGUGUUGUUGAAAGCUUCAAUAAAGAUUUGAAUUCUCAGAAAAUAGCUUUUUCAAAUGAUGAACAGACCCAUACUAAGCCAACAAAUCAGGGGGCUGCUUCAGAGUGGUCAAAACUGAGCAUUGGAACAAGCAGACUUGAACACAGGAGAAAACGUUGCAGGGUUUGCCACCGCCCAAGCAUAAAGCAGCUGAACUCUACUGAGAAAACUAAAGUUUUUGAUGAGGAAACCUAUAGGCAAACCAAAGAUAUCAGUCCUCAGAAUGAGCAACAUAAUCCAUCUGUUCAACUUCCUUGGGAUAAUGGGUUGGAGAAGGGACUAGAUUUCAGUAAUAAAGCUCUUCAGUCUGCAAGAAGCAUUGAUAAGCAAAGGCAGAAGAGCAUUUAUGAAAUUCAGGCUAACCUGAGUGGCAUUGGAAAUUCAGCUUGUUCAUCCAACAGUCCGGGGACUGGCGUUAUUGAAGCAGGAGCUAUAUGUAAUUUUACCGAAGAAAACAUGGAUAAAUCCAAAACAGCUGAUGACAUUUCCAAAGGAGCUUCUAAUAUGAUAAAAAAAAUCGACAUAUUGGCUUUGAAGCUAGCUGCUGAGAAUGUGGACCAAUCAGAGAAGAGUGCAGCUCAACAUGGAUUGUCUCAGAAGAUCACCAGUUCUAUUUUUGGCAGUCCCCAAAUGCAGAAGCUGAAUCAGCCUGGCAGACUUGUGGACAGAAAUGACUCGAUGAGUAAACUGGUGAGUCGAACAUUUCAGGUACCAAAGGAUUCAAAUCAGUUGCAUCAGGAAAUCAGUCAUAUGGCAAGUCAAUUCACAGAGAUGACCCUGCCAAAUCGUACAACCAGUCUGACUUCCAAGCCGCUUCCACCAAAUACUGCUCUAUUGAGUCGAUUAACUAGUCAAAAUGAGGAAAACAGAGGCAUUGCUUUACUCCACGAUACAUUGAGCCAGGCGGGGAAGCCCACUGAACAACACAAGUUGCCUUGGCAUAAAGUGAGUCAGGUUCAUGGCCAGAAUGUCAAGUCCAUUGUGGAGAGAAUGGAAUCAUUGAAUAGGGUACGAACAAGUCAGAAUGAUCAUACACCACGGAAGGCUCAUAAUUUCGUUCAGGGUUUCAGGAUCUCACCAGGACGGAGCAUGAUGGCCAAUGUGGCUCCACUCUUGCCUGCUAAGUGGCCGAUUCAGAUUAACAACGAAAAUGUGGAUCCAAAUCAAAUUUUGCUGCAGGAGACGAUGAAGAAGGCAGGUGCAUUCCAAUCCGCCAUGCCUUCUGUGGGGUCCACAGGUAUGGUGCGGCCCAAUAGUAAAACUCAUGCAAAUGAAGCUGGUCACAGGCUGCGUCAGUCCCGGACCAGGGGUACUCGGAGUGAAAAAAGUUUACCACAUCAGAUGAUCAUGAGGCCAAGUCUGCUAGAUUACAAGCCUAGACAUAUUCUUGCUUCUUCAACUUUGUACAAGGAUCAGACGGAUGAUGUGCGAGGUGGAGUGCAUAAGAAUAAUAAGCAUUUGGGCCUGCGGAAAAAGAUGUUGCCAUAUCUGCAAGAAUCAGAGGGAACAACUACAAGGUCAUACUCCUCAGGCAGGACAAGUCAGCAAGCUAACUCCUGUAGUAGUGAGAGUGAAGAGUAUCCAUUGCCAGGUCAGCAACGGAGUCAGCACUAUAGAGGUGAGAGCAAAAGUCCCUCCACCAGCGGUGAGAAUGAGAUGUAUUCGCUACCAAGUAGUGCAGGGAGCAGUUACGUGGGUCCUUCAAGUGAUAGUGAGAUUGAGGUGUACUCUCUGCCAAGUAAGCAGGGGGGCCAUUAUGUGGGUGCUUCAAAUAGUAGUGAGAGUGGUAGCUACUCACAAGCAAGUACGGCUAGGGUUCGGCCUUGGGCUCAUCAAGAAGGUUCCACUAGUAGUAGCGAGAGCGAGUACACUACGUCCAAUCAGAUGAGGAAGCAUCACCAAUUGGGUCCCACCUACUUGUCAGCGGGGUUCGCAUCACGAAAGAUGGUCCAGAACAAAAACUACAAACCAUCCAAUUGGACAAAACCUGAGAAACAGAUUGGACGGCUGAAGAAACUGAAAGAUAAGCUAGCUAUCAUCUUCCACCACCACCACCACCACCACCACCAUCACCACCACCAUAAGGAUGAUGAAGACGAUCCUGGUGAUGGUCAAACCAGGAUGACUCGUGGAGGAAAGAUCCUUCAUCAAAUGAGAAUGAACGAGGCUCAUGGAGAACAAGCAUUUGAGAAGCUUAGAAAAGCAGUAGUCCAUAAUGUGCCAGAAAAGAAUCAGCGAGGGCACUUCCACACGCUUGUAGAGGGUCUGUUGAGGCAUGUUAAGCAUUCAAAGAAGUCAAAACCUUCAAAAGAUGGAAUCGGCUGGUUGGAGAAGGGCCAGUAUGGUGGUAAGAACAUAGUGAAGAAGAAGAAGCACUGGUGGCAAAUGCUGCCCCGCCACAGAGGAGUGAAGAUGCCUAAGAAACCACGUGUCAACCUCAGAUUUGGUAGUAAAAAACCCCAAUUAAGAGCACUACCAAAGAUGAGAUAAGUUAAGACCAGCUUUUGUUAGAUCAUGGCCAAUUUGGUUUUGUGCAUUCAUUGGAACCCAGCUCUCAUGCUGCAUGUGGUUGGCUUUGCUGUAUGAAAAUGGUGGAUGUGAAUACUAUGGAGAAAUUUCCAUACUAGCAUGUAGUUGUGGAUGCUUCUAAGCACCUGUAAAUUAGGCCCAAUUCAUUUAUAAAUGUGUAGUCAAUGGAUAUAUGCACAUU